GGGAGAGAGAGGACUGAGCACGACAACUUUGCCUGUUGCCAACAAAUAUGUCGCACAAACACACGAAUUUUCCACCUAAAAUCUUUUAAAAAUAUGAGUUUAGAUGCGUCCGAAUCGUUGCGGCAACAGUUCCAGUUAAUACAGGAACAACAGCAGAGAAAGCUCCUUGCCAGAAAACAGCGAAAGACAAAGAAUUCCGAGAAAACAGCCAAAGAAGAUGAAGAUGUAACGGCAGAAAACUUUUGGGGACAUGACGGGCACACUGAUAACCUAGAUUUGAAGCUUGAUUCUGUGGUACCAAGUGAUGGAGAUGCGUUCAUGCAAAAGGAAGUUGGAGAUCUCAAGGAUACAAUUAGGGUUUUGAAAGAUGAGAAUGGUAGACUCUACAAACUUCUUGGAGAAAGAGAUGAAGAAAUGAGGAUUUUGAGAAAAGCACGAGAUGAAGAGAAAAGAGCUUUGGCGGGUACUGGAGUGGCUGCCGACACCGCUGCUGGCAGAAUCAUGGAACUCUCAAAGAAGAACAGAGAACUGACAGCAGACUUGGAAAGUGAACGUAAUAAAUUAUGCCAGAUGAUGAAGAAAAUGAAGGAAAUGGAGAGAGAGAUUAUAUCAUCAGGAAUUAUGCAAAGUCAGUCUGGUGCGGAGUCAAAAUCCAAGCCAAAAUCUUCAGAUACAGAAAAGGACAAUUCAGAAGUAACAGCCUUGCAAGAGAAACUCAGCCAAACAAACAAUAAAGUGGCUGAGUUUAGGAAUCAGUGUGAGAAGUUAAAGAAAGACUUAAAGGUUGCACACAAGGUUAGUUUGAAAAAGAAAACUCUGUUUGGGGACAUUGAUGGUAACAUUUUGUCUCUGAGAAUUAACUGGCAGAAGUUACCUUGUAUGCACAUAAUUAUACUNGCGCGGAGCGGUUCGGCAACGUCUAACAACAUCCUCAUGAGGUCAGCCAUGAUGUCACCAUCCACAGCGCCAUCACAGUACGAUGAAAAACACCGCUCAGUGCUGAAAAAGAUCGAGAAAGAUCGCAAAGAGGCACAAGAGAAAACUCAGGCGGAGUUAGAGAGCCUGGACCAAGAACACACGAAACUACUACAGAAGCACGACGCAGCCAAGGCUCGUAACAAGGUGCUGGCCAGCGACUUGAAGGGACUGAAGCUCAAGUGCAGACGCUGCUGGAGAAAGGCGCCCAUGAUGAUGAGCUCAUUGCUGAAGCUUGAUUCACGACCUACGCAAGUACUGCAAAACACCACGGAAAAGUACCGGGAAUUAUCAGAGCGCGAGACCAAAUCUGUGGCGUGUAGUACGGAAGAUUUACAAACUAUGGAAGAAAGAUUAGACCGAAGUGCCCCAAGUUACGACGAUGCCCCUCAAGGCCCCUUAUACAGAGGAACAACACCUGUCUAUGGCUCUGUGAACGGUUCUGUAGAAGGCCCGUUGUUUAGAGGGCCUUUCGCAGAUAGCGUCGAGAACGGUGGGCCUCAAAAUAACAUGCACGUGACACAUAAGGGACACGCGACUGCUUCACAACUCCAACGAGAAGGACCCAGUCGAACCCAGGUUUCAUCGGUUCCCAGCAGUCCAAAUCGACGGCAUUUAGUGUCCAGAACAAGGGUGAAUGGCAUGUCGGGAAGAGGCUCUGCGCAGGGAUACCAGCUUCCUCCCACACCACCCAGCGGAGGGCGAGGAAGCAGGGCACGAAGGAAUAGUGCUGGGAACAGCGAGGAAAUCCAGGUAUUAAGAUCUCAAGUACAGGAGAGCAAGUCGUUGUGUCAAGCCGCUGAAGUUGAGAGGGAUCGACUGUUAGAGCUGGUGACUCUCCUGCAGAGAAGGUGA